AUGGAAUGUUUCCUAAAAACUGAAGACAAUGUCUUAUGGGAUUCAUUCUACUUUAAAUCUUUUCGUCUUGUGCAGAAAAUUGAAAAGACGCGUGCCAAAAAGGAGAAAGUAGUUUCCAAGAAGGAGAAACUAGCUUCCAAGGAGAAGAAACUAGUUUCCAAGGAGAAGAAAUUAAUGGCAAAGGAGGAAAAACUAACUGUCAAGCUGAGAAAACUGUCAAAGCUAAAGGAAUCAAAGGGAAAGAAAGCUCUUCGGGACCCGAUGGCUCGGAAAAGGAAGAAGGUGAACUAUCUGUCAAGAGGAGGAAGAUUUAUUGGAUUUGUGCUGAACGAUCGUCACAAUGCAAAGAAGAAAGUUGAAGAACUAAAAGUAUCAAUGCUUCUGCGUUCCCAUUUACCCGUUAAUGACCGGAAGAGAAAGAGAACUGAACAAAAUCUGAAGGAGAGCGAGGCCAAAGUGAAAGAACUGGAGUUGGAAUAUAGGAAAUUGGCUUUUCCGGAAGAAAAUGCUGAAGUAGGGGAAAAUGCCCAACUGGGUGAGGAUUGUUCUUAAUACCACAAGCUGGUUCGUUUUCUAUUGGAGACAGCAAAGGAUAAAUGUGAAAAGUAGGAGGGAGACUUUAGAUUUACUAUAUUUCAUAUGAUGUCGUUAAAAUUUCUAUGAAACAGUUCAAAAUCAUGGAUUUUCUGUUAGUUGUCUAUAUUGACUAUUAGUAUGCGAAUCCAACUAAAAACCGGAUCCGAGCAUGUUUGCCCAUAUGGAAUACUUGAAUUCUAUCACCAUCACUUGGAGAAAUUAGCAUUUAGUGGCUAUGCUAACACGACUUCAAAAA